AUGGCCAGCUCGAACUCGCCUUCUUCCCAACAAGAACCAACAAACCCACUCGCCGUUCAACAAUCAAAAUCAACCGCCGCUUCACGCCGCAUACCUCCUCCCUGCUGGUCGCACGACGAGACUGUUGCGUUAAUUGAUGCGUAUCGUGAUAAGUGGUAUUCUCUCCGGCGAGGAAACCUACGCGCCUCCCACUGGCAGGAGGUCGCCGACGGCGUCACCGCUCGGUGUCCGUUAGGUAACCCGCCGAAAACCUCGGUUCAGUGUCGUCAUAAGAUGGAGAAGCUUAGAAAACGUUAUCGCGCGGAGAUCCAACGGAUCGGAAACAACCCAGGUGGCCAUCGGUAUCCGUCUUCGUGGGUUCACUUUAAACGAAUGGAUUCGAUGGAAUUAGGGUCGUCUCCUUCAGAUCCGAGUCUUCAAGACGAAGAGGAAGAAGAUGGAGUAGGCGAUGAAAACGAAGACGAUUUGUUGUUAUAUCCUAGAGGAAUCAAACAAGCCAUCGCUCUCCCUCUCAAUCGACGUUAUCAGAGCUCGAUUGGUAACGGCGUUGCCGGAAACGGUGUUCGGAUUAAAAUCCCAAAUCUCGCCGGCGUCCCACCACCACAACCUUUAAACGUAUACAACAGUAAUAUAUCAAUGGAUGAUUACCCACCGCCUAUGAACCCACAUUACGGGUCAGGUAAGGGCUCGAGAGAUGGAUACAUGAAGGAAGCUUUUGGAAGUGAGAUGAACAGAAAACAUGGCGGCGGCGGUGGUGGAGGGAUGAAGAGGAGGAAGGACAUGGAGAACAGUGAGAGUCAUCUGAUGGAUGAAAUGGUGGCAGCGAUUCAGAAGUUAGGAGAUGGGUUUGCGAAGGUGGAGAGGAUGAAGAUGGACAUGGCAAGAGAGCUUGAAUCCAUGCGAAUGAAAAUGGAGAUGAAAAGAACUGAAAUGAUCCUGGAAUCACAGCAGAAGCUUGUGGAUUCAUUUGCAAAAACAGUUAUGGAGAAGAAGAACAAGAAGAUCAAAAGAAUGCCCACACCAGAAUCAUGA